CUGGAGGGAUGAGAGAGAGAUCUGUGCUCUGUUUCGUUUUUGGCCCUAAACGGGCAAGAAAGUUAAGAAAUUAAGAGCGCUGACAGGCUGUUGACUCUUCUAGCCAUUGGAUCAACGGCCUUUUCAAUGGCAAAGUUUCUUGCAGUUCGAAUUUCUCCCUCCAUGGAAACAGAGAGCUUCCCCCUCCCACGUCCAUGCGGUUCUGAUUCUUGCGACGGUAAGUGUCGGCGCCUUUUAAUUUUUUAUGCUACUUUUAUUUGCGGCAAAAAUAUGAAAUAAGGACCCGAACUUACACCAAAUUCGUAAUUUCGGACUCAAACUUCGAUUGCACUCAAUGAAGGUCAGGAACUCCACGAAAUUCUCAAAUAAGGUCCCAAUUGGACGGAAAACUAACUUCCGUCAAAUAUCCUAUUGUUCCGUUAAUGAUCCGUCACAUUUCACACCCGCCACUGGAAAAAAUUAGUUAAAUGCUAAUUUUGUCCCUCAACUUCAUUGAGUUUCACUUUUUUGUCCCUUAACUUCAUUAAAUUUCACUUUUUUGUCCCUCAGCUUCAUUAAAUUUCACUUUUUUAUCUCUCAACUUUAUUGAAUUGUACUUUUUGGUUCAUAAACUAUUUUUUGUAUUUUUUUGGUUCUUAAAUUAUUUUUUACAUUUUUUUAAUCCCUUAACUUUAAUAACUGCACAAUUUUGAU